UGGGUGGGAGGCAAGCAACAUCAGUAAAAAUGGGGAAGAUUGUGUUCUUUGAGGAUAAGAAUUUCCAAGGCCGAUGCCAUGAGUGCAGCAUUGACUGCCCAGACCUGCGCUCUUACUUCAGCCACUGCAACUCCAUCAAAGUGGAGAGUGGCUGCUGGGUGCUGUACGAGCGCCCUAACUACACUGGUUACCAGUACAUCCUGAGCCCCGGGGAAUACCCUGAUUACCAGCAGUGGAUGGGAUUCAAUGACAGCAUCAAGUCAUGUCGCUCUGUCAAGAAUGUAUAUGGAAAGUCCUGGAAGAUCAGAUUCUACGAAAAGCAGGACUUUGCAGGUCAAGCGGUAGAGUGUGUUGACGAUUGCCCAUCGGUUUACGAGGCCUUCAAGUUUCGGGAGUUCCACUCCUGUGUGGUGAUGGAUGGUGCUUGGGUCCUCUACGAACUGCCCGACUAUCACGGACAGCAGUACUUCCUGGAACGUGGCGAGUACCACAACUAUACAGAUUGGGGUGCCACCUCCCCUGCUGUGGGCUCCUUCCGCAUGAUCACAGAUUUUUAGAACAGCAACGACCAGGUUUGUAGAGUUCCAGAGGCCACAAAAGUUGAAGAUGAUCCAGCUCCAGAACUUUGAGGUCACAUGAUUUCUAGAACCCCUAAAAGGUUCCAAAGCCCCAAUACAACCAAAGUUACAAAUUAUUUGAAAUAUUCUGAGUUCCAGAGUUCUGAUGCCACUGAAGUUCUGGAAUCUUGAGCAAGUUCAUGGUUUCAUAACCUUGAGGCCUCCAGAAUUCUAGAACCCCUACGAGGUUCAAAAGACCCAAUACAACCAAAGUUAAAAAAUAUUUGAAAAGUUUUGAGUUCCAGAGUAAUGGUGCCACUAAAGU